CGUUAAUAUUCGAUUGGCGGAUUUCAAAAGUGCGCGGGUGUGCUCCACCAAUGGGAAAUAGUCCCGACCUUAGGGCAACCUUAGGGUGUGUUUGCAACGUGAGCAUUUAAUUAUUGCUGAGGCUAGGGCUUGGGUCAGCCGGUUGAUGGGCAGGCCAAGAAUUGAGUUUUCGUUUGCUCUUUGUGGGAUGCGGAUGCUCUCUGGAAGAUUUUACUCUUUCACGACACGAUGAAGGGAGUGUAGCGGUGAAGACGGAUAUACACGUAGAGGCAUCAAAGGGAGGACCGAGUGGGUGCGUGCGUGCGCGACGCAUAAAGAGAUAAUUCAAGAUCGUUUUCAGUAAAGAGAAUCAGCUCGCAAGUGUAAGAGUGUCAGUGUUAGUGACGUGUUUUUUCAAGCUAUUAUCGGGAUAUCGAUCUUGAGUCAAUUUUUCCCUUGAGAAAUUGUUUCUUUGAUCGUUGUUGGUGAAUUUAAAAAUAAAAUCGAGGAGGACUUGCAAGGGGCAAUAAAUUCAAGUCGCUCUGGCUGAGGUGGAACAGGUGCAGGUGCGGGCGCGUCUCGUGUACACUGUUUUUUUGUCGAGUGCAAAGUUCGAGUUGAGAAAAGGAACCCAGGGCUUUAAUUGAAAGUCGCCGUCGGACGUGACGGCAAUGGGAGACAAUAAUCCCGGGCGGAGCAGUAGCAGCGCCGCUGAUGAAGAGGCCGAGACAUCCCCGACGUCCUCCUCAUUUUCGUCUUCGCCAUUGGCAAGCAUGACCAAUUCUGAUUUUCGUACAACAUCAUCGUCGUCAGCCGGUGGACGCGGUGGAGCGUUGCCUACCGCAACCCCGUCAUCGCCGGGGUGUGGCUGCGUCGUUUCUCCAGUUACCGAUCCCGAAAUUACAAUCAGUAUCACGCCAACGACAGGUGGACAAUUUGAUUUGACUGUCGAUCGUAAUGAAACAAUUGAGAAUUUAAAGAAGAUCAUUUCAAAGAGGCUCAAGGUCGCCAAGGAACGGAUUUGUUUACUACAUCGAGAGAGGCAAUUACGAGAAGGAACUUUGGAUGAAAAUCGUCUCCAGGAUGGUAGCCGAUUGACAUUGUUGCCAAGUGUAGAAACUGGAUUGUUGGCACAGAGACCAGAGCAGAGUGUGAUGCAAGCGUUGGAGAGUUUGAGCGACUCGCAAGUGAACGACUUUCUUUCGGGCAAAGCGCCACUUAAUCUGACGAUGCGCCUUGGGGACCAUAUGAUGCUGAUUCAGCUGCAGUUAUCAACAGUGACACCGGCGUCUCCAGUUAUCAGAUCGACAAGUCCGACGAGCAGCGGUACAACCUCGAGUACAAACCUCAAUUCGACAAGUUCAGCUUCAACAGGAACGAUGACGAAUCACGUCUCGACACCGCUCUCGAAUCGAAGGUCCACCGUUCUCUCCGCACGGUCAACGAGCUCAUCGAGUAAACUUCAAAAUACAACAGCAAGAACCUCCUCUUUAAUUAGUAGCUUAACAUCCUGCAAUACAAGCCUGUUUACGGCAACGACAACAACAAAUCCAGUUUGUUCGGAACGGGCGACAACUACACCAUCACCGACAACUUCUACUUCUCCGAGUUCAUCAUCCUCCUCCUCCUCCUCUUCUUCUUCUUCGUCCUCCUCCUCGUCUCCAAUUUCCACCACACAUUUAUUCAAUUCACAAACAUCGCCCGUUCAACAACCACGUAGCACUCCAAAUUCACCUCCACCGAGUGGAAACUCACCUCGCCAAUCCUGCCUCUUACACCAUCAUCAUCAUCACCACCACCAUCACACACAUCAUCAUCAUCACCAUCAUCACCACACGAGAAAAAGCAAUUCUAGUUUAAAUGUCCGUGCGUCGAAUUCAACACCAGUUGAAUUAUUCCCAUCUACCUCAAAUGUUGCCGAUCUCUCCCCUACACUGAGAGAGGAGGACAGUGACACAACACCGACAAAGAAGAAAUUAUGCACUGGUCAUCAUCAUCAUCAUCAGCAGCAACAACAACAGACUGCAACUAACGUUAGUUCUCGAAGUCCGGGAAAUGAGGAGCAUUUAACGCCGAGUACGGAAUCGUCGUCGUCGUCGUCACUUGGAAUUGUUGACGUUGGCAAAGGAACGUCGGCUACAUUGGACACACGAGCACUUGCAGAAGCUUCUCGUAAUCUCACGCAAAAGCUCAAGCAGCUAUCCUCUGAGGAAAAUGCAAGACGUAGACAAGGUGCGAUAAUACAAAGUAUGCAUCAUCAUGGAAAAGGAGUUUAUUCGGGAACAUUUAGUGGAACUUUAAAUCCAGCUUUGCAGGAUCGUCACGGUCGACCUAAGCGAGAUAUUAGCACAAUCAUUCAUAUUCUCAAUGAUCUUCUUUGCGCAACACCAGCAACGACUGCAGGACAUUAUAGGCAUCAUCACAGGCACUCGAGCACUCGUCAAAUAUCAUCGUCAACGUCAACACUUUCAGCCGGCUCCUCCGCUACUGGAAAUGGAAUGUCCACAGCUGCUUGCCUUGAAUCGCCUACUCCUGGCUAUUCUAGUGAAGAGCUCUCGAAGGAAAAUGAGACGACAAAGGGAAAAUUACGACGUUUACGUUUAGUGAUGGAGCAAAGAAGAGCAAAGAGGAAAGCGAGAAGACUCGCCCGAGCAGCACCGUACACAACUCAAUGGGCAGCAGUUACACCGGAUCCUGAUCCAAAUCACGAUCCAAAUACACCAGCUGCAUCGCCAAAUUCCAGUGGCUCAGCGGCCAACGAUUCUCAAACAGAGAACGAUCUGCAGCCUUGCAAUACAGAGCCUGUUGUCGCUUAAGAAUUUUUGUUUUUAUUUUUUUUCUAAAUCGGCCUCUUGCAGUGUCGUUUUGAAACUAGAAAGCGCAAAAAAAGCAGUAGUUUAUUGAUUUUUUCACACUUAUGAACUUUGUACCGUGUGAUUCAUGCUUUCGUUAUGAAUCAAAAAAAUAAUCGUUUUACUUUUAGGAACACAAUGUCAAAAUAAGUCGAUUUAAAAGACCGAUCAGAAUAUUCAUAUUCGUAUGUCAGGAAAUUCUUCUGCUUAGUGGAGAAAUUCUUUCUUUGUGAAUUGAUGGUCUUUUUUCUUCUAAAUCAUUGCCAUCGACGCGUAAAACGUUUACAGCCAUUAUAAUUAUAUCCUGCUAAAUCAUAAGUAGUUAUGAAUUAGUCUAUUAUCUCCGCGUUUUUUCACGAGGUCAGGCUGUAAGCAAUAUCACCCAAUUAUUUUACAACAGUGUUUAUUGGACUUUUUGCAAAGAAAAACAAAAAAAAAAGUAUAUAUUAUAAAUAAUAAGAAUGGAAAAAUAUGUCGGUAAACGGAGAGGUAGAACUUUUUUACGGUUACGUGUUUUAAUAAGUAUAUACUGGGACAUUAAUCGAGAAUUCGAAAAUGAUUUUCUUUUUAGGGACUUGAAUGAUUUAGAAAAAAGGUGGAGAGAGAGAGACGUAUGAAUAUUUUCUUCUAAUUCUAAAUUCGAAUUUCUUGUUUUGAAAUUUAUGUGAACGAAAUUUCUAUUUAACCAAAGUUUACAAAAUUUUCUGUCAAAAUCUGCCGAAAGAAAAUUUUUUUAUUUUCAUGAAAGCAGAAUUUUUAUUUAAUCGAAUUUUUUCAUUUAUUGGAAUGUUAUUUAAAUAUUGACACGACGGAAUAUUUAACUUGAUUCUGAUUUAACGGAAUUGAUAAAGAAUUAAUCGAAUUUUCAUGAAACUGAAUUUUCUUUUAGCAAAAUUCAAAUUUAUUGGUUCAUAUUCAAAUUUAUUUAUCAAGCCGAAUUUUUAUGAAAUUAAAAUCCGCAGCGUUUUUGGAAACGAAAAAUGAAAAAAUUGGUAAUUUCCAAAAAAUGAACUCUUGCGUCGCAUUUUUUCGUUUUUAAAAACGUUCAUGAUUUUUAUAAAUUUGUGUCUUUAACCGAAUUUGUAUUUGCUUGUAUAAGUAAGUAUUUUUAAAUCAGGUAAUUAUAUUCUUUAUUUAAAAUAUCCAAAUAGAUAAGUAAAUAGUUAUUUUAAUUAAAUUCUUUACUUAAAUAUACUUUUUUUACCUGAUUGAUUCCUGUCGGAAUUAGACGACGUCGCAUUUUGAUUAGAUUUCGGCUUCCUCGGAUUAGUUUUCCGGAAUUUUUUUGAAUCCAUCGAUUUUUUAUCCUCAUCUUCAUCAAUUGUUCUCUUUUUUGAAGAUUCCUUUUGUGGUGUUUUUUUUGAUCGUGUCUUUGACACGAAUUGUCAUUUCCUGGAAGUUUUAAAAUACUAA